CUCUUCAUUACAUUGGGGGAAAUAAAUAAAAAAAAGGGAAAAAACACCAAAAAGGAAGAUCCGAAAAUUUUCCCACGAAAAUCUCAGAUUCUGGGAAAAGAAAAUAAAAGGAAAAAUUUCAUUCCAAUCGGAAUAUUUGGGCAGAGAUUUGUCUUUUUUAUUUUUUGCUUCUUGGAUUUGUUCAAACUAUAUAAAUCUAUCUUUGUGGGGGACACCAAAAUAAAAAAGUUAAAUUUAAGAAGAAGAUCGUUUUUUCACAUUUUGUUCUUCAUCGGUAAAAAGGAACAAUCUUUAUUUUUCCUCUUUUCUCUUUGUUUUUUUGAUCAUUGUGAUCAUCGUUCUUCUUCUUCUUCUUCUUCUUACUUAGACGCAACAACAACUCUUAACAAACUAUUUCGUCUCUGGUUUCUUCUUUUCUCUCUCGGAGAACAUAAAAAGAGUUCUUUUGAUUUUUGUCUCUCUCUCUCUGUGUGCGACUGUGUUUGUUUAUUACAACGAGCCAUGUCCGAAACUCAGCAGCAGGUUCAGAACUCUACUGGGUCGAUUCGAUCUCCCGAGAAAAUUGAAGAUACCUUGAGGAGGGUGAAAGUUAAUGAAGACAAUAUGGAUCAAUCUAGUCCAUAUCCUGAUCGUCCUGGUGAGCGAGAUUGCCAGUUCUUUUUGAGAACUGGGCAGUGUGGCUAUGGAAACACCUGUCGUUACAAUCAUCCUCUUACCCAUCUUCCUCAGGGUGUUAUUUAUUACAAAGACCAAUUACCUGAGAGGAUUGGACAGCCAGACUGUGAGUAUUUUCUGAAGACAGGAGCCUGUAAGUAUGGCCCAACGUGUAAAUAUCACCACCCAAAGGACAGGAAUGGUGCUGGACCCGUGCUGUUCAAUGUUCUCGGUUUUCCUAUGCGACAGGGUGAGAAAUCAUGCCCAUAUUACAUGCAGACAGGAUUGUGUCGUUUUGGAGUUGCCUGCAAAUUCCAUCAUCCUCAUCCCCAGGCUCCUAAUGGCCACUCUGCAUAUGCAAUGUCUAGCUUUCCUCCGUCUGUUGGUUUCCCUUAUGGCAGUGGAAUGACAAUGAUGUCUUUGCCUCCUGCAACAUAUGGAGCUAUGCCUCGUCCUCAAGUUCCUCAGUCUCAGGCCUAUAUGCCCUUCAUGGUUGCACCCUCUCAAGGUCUUUUACCUCCUCAAGGCUGGGCUACUUACAUGGCUGCAUCUAACCCUAUUUACAAUGUGAAAACUCAACCCGACUCCAGUUCUAGUGUAUCGGUGCCUGUGGCUGUGACAUCACAUCAUCACAUUUCUGAAAGAGCUGAAUGUAGGUUUUUUAUGAACACUGGAACAUGUAAAUAUGGAGAUGAUUGCAAAUACAGUCAUCCGAAAGAAAGGUUGUUACAAUCACCACCAAAUCUCUUGAACCCUAUUGUUCUUCCAGUAAGACCACUACUAGAAAAACUUGAACCACCAACUAAUUCAUGGAUUUGCACAAUAUAA